AUGGAUAAACACUGUGCUGAAGCCACUUCUGAUUGGAUGGCCAAGAAGCUAGUUGGUGUCAUGAGAGAUCAUCCUAAUAUGACCAGCAAAGGUGUAGAGGCAGAGUUGAGAAAGUAUGGUGUGAAGCCAAGUAAAAUGCAGAUUUUCAGAGCUAAGAACAAAGCACUUAAUGAAAUAGAAGGCACACAUGCUGAAUCUUAUUCUAAACUCCCCUCAUAUGCUGAACUGUUAAGGAACAAUAAUCCCAAUAGCAUUUGUAAAAUACAUUAUGAUAGGUCAAAUCUGUUAAUUGAGCCUAAAUUUCUGAGAAUAUUCAUUAGCUUUAGAGCUCAAAAGCUGGGAUUCCUAGAAGGUUGUAGACCUUUUGUGGGAUUUGAUGGAUGUUUCUUGAAGGGUCCAUUUGGAGGUGUGCUUCUCACAGCAGUUGCUUUGGAUGCAAACAACAGCAUUUUUCCAAUAGCAUUUGCUGUAACUGAAUGCGAGAACAAGGAUACUUGGAGAUGGUUCUUCUAUUACUUUCAAGAGUUCUUUGGACCAUUAGACAACAACAUCCCUUUAACUUUCAUGAGUGAUAGGCAGAAGGGACUGAAUCUUGCUUAUGAGGAGAUAUUUCCUGAUGCAACUGGUAGGCAUUGUUGUAGGCAUAUAUGUAGUAAUUUCAAGUCUCAAUUUCCAGGAAUAUUACUUAGAAGUUUCUUUUGGAAGGCAGCAAAAAGUUAUGAUGUUGUUGGCUAUAAUGAAGCAAUGGCAAGUAUUAAAGAUAUUAACAUUGCUGCUUGGAGAUAUCUGGACAAAAUUCCAAGAAGUUCCUGGUGUAGGCAUGUCUUCUCAUCUGAACUUAAAUGUGAUCAUGUAACAAAUAAUUUCACUGAAUCCUUUAAUAAUUGGAUUGGUGAUCUUAGAGGAAAGCCUAUACUGACAUUAGUGGAUGGUUUGAGGAGAAAGUUCAUGAAAAAGUUGCACAAGAGGUACCAGAAAGGUUGCAUUUUGACUGCUAAUAUCACUCCCAGGAUUGCUGAGAAACUCACACAGAUUAGCCAAGCAUCAAUAAAAUGUGAGAUACAUAUGGCUAGUGAAGAUACAUUCGAGAUUGGUGAUGGUGACAGAAGCUACAUAGUUAAUCUCAGCAAAAAAAUCUGUGAUUGUGGUGCUUUUCAGAUAUCUGAAAUUCCAUGUAAACAUGCAGCAUUGGAAAUUAUUUACAGGAGAGAAAAAUUGGAACAUUACUGUGAAGCCUGGUUCACGAGGGACAUGUAUUUGAAGGCAUACUCAGAAAUGAUUCAUCCUAUUCCUGAUGUGAAAAGGUGGCCUGCGAUGCCUGAUUUACUCCAAAAAACUGUGUUGCCACCUCCUUUGCGAAGAGCUCCUGGUAGACCAAGAGUAAAUCGAAGAAGGGAAGCUGAUGAGGGAGCUUCCUCUCACAACCAAAAAGGAGCAGCACUCUCAAGUGUGGCAAUUGUGGAGCUUUUGGUCAUAAUAAGAGGACCUGCAAAGGACAACCUGUGCACAGAACGACUGCAAACAAAACUACAGCUGAACUGGUAG